GUAGUUUGUCCUUGGGCAGCGCCUGUACGGAGCAGAGUUUGAUACAUUGGAGUUACCAACGGGAUGGCCGCGCGUAGCAAGGUAAUGCAGCUUUUCAAGGCUUUACAUAGAACAAGAAAAGAAGUGUUUAAAGGUGAUGAUGAUGCCCUAGAAGCCGCAAGACAGAAUAUUAACGCUGAAUUCCGGAACAAUCUUACUGAGUCGUCUCCGGAGAAAAUAACUGAGUUACUUAAAUUUGGUACAGAUGUUGAAAUUAUUCUCCGAAAAACGGUAAUACAGGGAGUUCACACAGACCACAAUAGAAUAUCUAUUAAACCCAGAAAAGAGAUUCUUCUGGAUAACGUUCCUUUUAAUCAUAAUCCCACAAUUAAAGAUACAUAGUAUAGGAAAUAUUUCAGUCUUGGAUUUGAAUUAUUGUUGUAUUUUUUGGAGGUUCUAAAAACUGAAGUAUCUACUACAGUGAUGUUGAAAAUAGCUUUGUGGUAAUAUUUGAUCUGAUUUUUUUUUAAUCUGGUGGAUAAGCUCAGUCACAAAGUGUUGGUUGCACUUGAGGUUAAGCAGAGAGAAACAGUCAACGUUUCAGAUUGACAACUUUUCACUAGAUUAUUUAGAACAAUGCAAAAUACUUUGAAUAGUACUAGAUUAUUAUAACCAUUUCCAACUAGAAUGGUCUACAGUGAUUUGGUAGCUUUACAAUAGUAUAAAAUAGAAUCCUAGUUUAUGACAAAGAACUUGGUCCAUAAUGUCUGUGCUGACCCAGAAACGAGCCAUUCAACCGAAUUAGCAGCAUUUGAUUUGUAGCUCUGCAGGCGGAGAUGCUGAUCUAAGCACCUUUUAAAUGGGUGGAGCGUUUCUGCCUCUAUUACCCUUUCAGGCUGAGAGUUCCAGAUCCUCCCACCCUUUGGGUGAAAAUAUUUUUCCUAUCUCCCUCUAAUCCUUCUACCAGUCAUUUGGAGUAAAUGCAUAUUACUUGCUGAACUUGAUGCUAAAGCAAAAAUGUCUUGUCCAGUCUGUUCAGGGUCUUAAUACCGCAGUCAAAUCUCUUCUAAUCUCCUUAAUUCUCAGGCCAAAAGUUGAGCCCGAUCUUUUCUUAUUGUUGUCAGGACAGGAAAAAUGCAACUUCCUCAUAAAACUCCCUUAUAUGCUCUAUAGUGUAAUUAUGUCCUUUCUAUAAUGAGUUGACCAGACAGUACACAGUACUCAAGCUUUGGUCCAGCUAAUGAUUUAUAUAGUUCCAACAUCACCUCCCUGGUCUCAUAUUCAAUGCCACCAUUAAUAAAAGGAAUGCACAUGCCUUCUCAUACGCCAUGUUGACCUGUCUUGCUAUUUUGACAAACUAAAGUGAGUGCCUUUUCCGAGUGUUUACAUUGCUCAACGACAAAGUAAAAACCUCUAUUCACCAAACGAGCAAAUGGGAAGUACAAAAUAGAACUACAGACAACCAAGUACAGAUCCUACAGAUCCAUUCGCAAAAACAGAAAUGGCUGGGAAAGCUCAGCAGGUUUGACAGCAUGUGUGGAAAGAAAUCAGGGUUAACAUU